CAUUGUAGAAGCAAAUUUGCGUCCAUCAAUCUUCUGGUCAUCUCCUUCUGCAUCUUCAGCCUCCCAGCAGCCAUGGCCGCCACCACCACCCUGAGCUCCAGCUCCGUCGCCACAUCCCUUGGCGCCUCUAACUUCGCCAAGGAGAUCUCGGCUUCCAGGAGCCUGUCCUUCGGCUUCACCAGGCAAGACGGUCUUGGCAAGACCUUCAAGGCCAGGAACGCAAAGGCUGCCAAGGCCGCUGCUGCCCCCGCCCAGAAGUCGACUCGCGUUUUCGCCGUGAAGGCGGAGGCUCCUCUCGUUGGCAAUGUUGCCCCUGACUUCGAGGCCGAUGCUGUCUUUGACCAGGAGUUCAUCAAGGUCAAGCUGAGCGAGUACCUGUCCCAGGGCAAGUACGUCGUCCUCUUCUUCUACCCUCUCGACUUCACAUUCGUGUGCCCAACUGAGAUCACUGCUUUCAGCGACCGCUAUGCGGAGUUCGAGAAGAUCAACACUGAGGUCCUUGGUGUCUCUGUGGACAGCGUGUUUUCUCACCUUGCCUGGAUCCAAACCGACCGCAAGUCCGGUGGACUGGGCGACCUCAACUACCCCCUCGUGGCUGACCUGACAAAGUCCAUCAGCAAGAAGUACAACGUGCUCAUGGAGGAUGGCAUUGCUCUCCGUGGUCUGUUCAUCAUCGACCCCCAGGGUGUGAUCCAGCACGCGACCAUCAACAACCUCGCCAUUGGCCGCUCCGUGGACGAGACCCUGAGGACACUGCAGGCCGUGCAAUACGUGCAGAGCAACCCUGAUGAGGUGUGCCCUGCUGGCUGGCAGCCUGGGGAGAAGACCAUGAAGCCCGACCCCAAGGGCAGCAAGGAGUACUUCGCUGCUAUCUAAGCGGUCUGUCUGUCUGAUCAGGGCAGCUGAUUGAGCUGGCCUGGUUCUAAUUUUGGAUACAUAUUGAUGGAUUCCUCUUGGUUAUCAAAACUUCCAAUUGUAAAAGUAGGCGACUGUGUGUCCUGUAGGACGUGUCAUAAACCCUGCAAAAGGAGUGGGCCAUUUACUUGAACCUAGAGGAAAGAUGUAUGCCGGGUAGGGACUCGUCAAUAUGUAUAUGCCUAUGUUGAUAAAUUGGUAGCAAGGGU